GGCGUUGCUGCUCUGCCCUUUUGGUGCCAGCUCUCCCAAGCUCUCCCUAAUCUGCGUGACACGAGUCGCAUUCGCACUGUGGCAUUUAAUGGCCCACUGGCAUCUGCCGCGACCGGCUGGCAAGGAUGGCGACGUAACCAAAGUUGCCGCUUCUAUCACGUGGAAAUCUGCACAGACCUCGGGGUGGCAUCUGCGCCUAUCGGGCGACCUGACGUGUGCAUGCGCCGCCGCUGAGCGCUGAAAGCACUGACAUUGGCCAGGACCCCGGCUGGUUGCGCUCAUUGCUCUCAACGACCUCUGCCAACCAGCCCCAGCUCUUGACUGAUUUCCCCAAUUCUUGGUCCCGUGGUAUCACUCGAGGCAACCACAUUUCAGCAUCCAACUCCAGUCAACUCGGCGAGCACCCUUUGUCUCGACAAGUCUCUCCAGCGUUUAUCGAGAACCCCCGCGAACACCGACCCGCGAAACUCGAGUCCCCGCCGCGCAUUGUCAUUUCGCCAGCGCCCGCCGUAACCUUCCUUGGCAGCGAACGCCGCCUUGUCAGCAGGUCCCAUCAACGGUCAACGACGGUUUGGUCUUUGACUUUUGCAUCACCCAAACCACAGCCAACGUACACCAUAUCACCACAUUCACCAUGGCUUCCCGAGGACCCCCUGGCGCUCGCGGCAUGAGCAACCGCUUCGCGCAGUUCAAGUUGGUCUUGUUAGGUGAAUCUGCUGUGGGAAAGAGCUCGAUAGUAUUGCGCUUCGUCAAGGAUCAAUUUGACUCCUACAGGGAAUCCACUAUUGGUGCCGCCUUCUUAACACAGACCAUUUCGCUCGACGAGAACACGACUGUCAAGUUUGAGAUUUGGGAUACCGCUGGCCAGGAACGUUACAAGUCCCUCGCUCCCAUGUACUACAGGAAUGCAAACUGCGCCGUUGUUGUCUAUGAUAUCACGCAAGCCGCGUCGCUCGACAAGGCCAAGUCGUGGGUGAAGGAACUCCAACGACAAGCCAACGAGAACAUCAUCAUCGCCCUUGCCGGAAACAAGUUGGAUUUGGUGACGGAGCAACCAGACAAGCGCGCCAUCCCUACCGCCGAAGCCGAGGCCUACGCAAAGGAAGCCGGCCUUCUCUUCUUUGAGACAUCCGCAAAGACUGCCGAGAACGUUCAAGAGUUGUUUACUGCUAUUGCCAAGAAACUUCCACUUGAUCAGGUUGGGCCGAGACAUGCCCGGCCUGGUCAGCGGCCCGGAGUCAGUCUUGCUCCCGAAGGAGCCAACACGCAAGCCGGUGGGCCCUGCGCGUGCUGAUGAGAGACGGUUCUUGAAACCACACGGUUAGAAGCAUAUUCAAGGACUCAGGGGUAUGACCGGCAGUGGAUGUCAGAGGAAGAAUAUAGAGCAGUUUGGGGCUAAUCUGGGCUUUUGUUGAACGGGGACAGGGACAUCGACAUUCACACACACACACACACACACAUCUUUGAUCGGAGUAUUGUUGGGAGGAGGGUACUAGUGUUGCUUUUUUAAAUACCUCAUCUUUCUUAUGGGAUUUGUUUUUUAACGGGUGUGUUUUUCUCGGCACCAUGGUCGAGGAGAAAGCGUAGGUAGGCCACCUGGUGUGGGAGAGCCGGACUGGCGCAUUUCGCUGUACAGUAUGGUAUGCAGACAGAUAGAAGCAGCAGCUUGCAACGGCCGCGGUAAUUCAGUGACAGAUGCGGUGCCGGCAGGGACUAGAGGGGACGGGUAUACAGGCGUGAGUAUAAUGCAAAGCGUAUCUUUCAACUUGUUUUGGUCUUUAAAAAACGAGCUAUUCAUCCCAUA